UGUUUAAAAGCAAAUUAAAUUGGACAGAGAGAGAAGGGUCCUCCUUUGUAGGAGGCAACAGUUUGGGGGUAGGCUUUUUUUGAACAUAACAAUGCUAAGAUUUCUCUCUCUACCCUUUGAGAACACUUCGUUCUCAUACAUCUUUCAGGAGCAUUGAAGAUUUGUUGAGACGAGCAGUUAACAGGAGAGGUUGAAUUUCCGGGGCUGCCGGAAAUAUCACCAGUUGUUCAAAAAUGCAAUCACCUCCUGGUACUGCUCCGUCCCAUAAAAAUGGCACUACUCCCCAGGCUCCUCCAAAAGGACCCCCAUCUCCCACUAGUUCUCCAUCUUUACCAUCGCCAUCACCACCACAAUCUCCUCCACCAGCUCCCCCUACCUCCCCACCCCCACAAUCUCCUCCACAACAAAGUUCUCCUCCACCGCAAAAUUCUCCUCCACCUUCAUCACCAACAGCAGUAAAUAACUCUCCUCCUCCGUCGUCACCCUCGCCAUCAUCACCACCACCGACAAAUUCUCAACCACCACCAGCAUUCUCACCUCCGCCACAAUCCCCUGCGCCAUCACCCAAUGCACCUGAUCAGGCGCCUCGUCCUACCUCAUCCACAUUUUCUCCGCCACCCCCAGUUUCCUCAGAACCACGCGCUAACAAAUUAUCUCCACCACCACCAGCAGAAAAACCACCACCUUUAGAAAAACCAAUUGGUCCACAAAAUCAUGAGAAACCCGUAAAUGGUUCUUCAGGAGGAAGCAAUAGCCCGCCAUCAUCUAAUUCAGUUUCAUCUAACAUGGUUAUAAUUGCUGGAGUAGCAGUGGCAGGAUUGCUGGUUUUUGCAUUUAUUGUUGUUUUCAUAAUUUUCUGGAGAAGGAAGAAGAAAGAUCACUACUAUACCGAUCCUACUUCUGGUCCUGGACGUCUGCCUAAAGGUGCAGGUGGUACUGAUCCAUACUACAAAGGUCCUAAGCCUGUGGAACACAUUAUUAAGGUUCUUCCUACAAUUAAUACAAGUAGCGACAGUGGCUCUACUCCCUAUGGUCAAGCUCUUGUGCCAUCUCCCUAUGGCCAAGCUCAUGUGCCAUCUCCCUAUGGCCAAGCUCAUGUGACAUCUCCCUAUGGCCAAGCUCAUGUGCCAUCUCCGAGUCUUGGUGGGUUCUACAAGAGUCAGUUCACUUAUGAGGAACUAGCUAGAGCAACUUCUGGAUUUUCUAAGGCCAAUGUGUUAGGCCAAGGUGGUUUUGGGUAUGUACAUAAAGGUGUUUUGGCUGAUGGAACGGUGGUAGCUGUCAAGAGUUUGAAGUCAGGCAGUGGACAAGGUGAACGAGAAUUUCAGGCAGAGGUUGAUAUCAUUAGCAGAGUUCAUCAUCGCCACCUUGUUUCUCUUGUUGGAUAUUGCAUUGCUGAUAGCCAGCGAAUGUUGGUCUAUGAGUAUGUGCCCAACAAAACCUUGGAAUUCCAUCUUCGUGGGAAGGGACAUCAUGUUAUGGAUUGGGGAACAAGGCUUAAAAUUGCGUUGGGAUCAGCCAAAGGAUUAGCUUACCUCCAUGAAGAUUGCCAUCCUAAAAUUAUCCACCGUGAUGUAAAGGCUGCAAACAUUCUACUUGAUGAUAACUUUGAAGCUAAGGUGGCAGAUUUUGGAUUGGCUAAGCUUUCUUCUGACAACUUUACACAUGUCUCCACCCGUGUUAUGGGAACUUUCGGGUACUUGGCUCCUGAAUACGCAUCAACUGGCAAGCUAACGGACAAAUCAGAUGUGUUUUCAUUUGGAGUCGUGCUUUUGGAACUCAUAACUGGGAAGCGACCCGUUGAUCCUACCAAUAUGUUGGAGGACAGUUUAGUAGGCUGGGCUAGGCCCCUUCUUAGAACAGCCUUGCAAGAGGGAAAAUAUGACGAAUUGUUAGGUGUUCCUCUUGAAGGAAACAAUGUUCCAAAUGAGCUGCAUCGGCUAGUAGUCUGUGCUGCUGCUAGCACUCGCCAAUCUGCUAAGAGACGUCCAAAGAUGAGUCAGAUAAUGAAAGCCUUGGACGGAGAUUCAUCUUUGGAAGAUAUGGACGGUGGUGCAAAACAAGGCGCUUUUGACUCAAGUGGGAGCUCUGAUUCCUACGAUACUGGUGCAUACAAUGCUGACAUGAUAAAGUUCAGGAAAAUGAUGAUGACAUCAACCGAAGAAUUCAAUAGCAGUGAAUAUGGAGCGACAAGUGACUAUGGACUCAACCCUUCCUCUUCGAGCGGUGAUUCAAGUGAGCUUGAUCAUCAUAAGGGAGGUAGAGGAUCAAUUGCUAAAUAGCUAAGUCAUAGCAGCAAAAUAUGCUUAUGUAUACAUUAUAUACAGUACAGUAUCAUUUUUGUCCCAAUAUUGUACAUUAUAUGGGUUCCAGCACCUGGAGAAAAGCACUGAAAGCCUUUUCAAUUGUUAUUACUGCACAUUUGUAAUUUGUACUAUAUAUUAUAUUAUCAUAUUUUAUUUAUGAUAUCUUCUUGUGGUUUUAGAA